CAAACCAAACCCAUUUAAAGAAAACAAAAAUCCCCCAAAUAUAUAUAUUAAAAUACAUAUUAUAUAAUGUUCUUGUUAGUUAUAUACACUCAAUGAGGCACAUUAAGUGUGACAUUAAUUACCAAAAUUUAUUAAUCAACUCCUUGUUUGCCGAGCAUUAGCCACAGCUCGCGACAGCCACGCACUCCUCGCAUCAACUGUUUCUUAAAUACACAUAACGCUCCUUCCUGCUCCGCCCAUUAUAUUCUCUGUCCCAUUCCCAUUCCCAUGCACGCCAAUGCCAACGCCAUGGCCUUCCAUGCUAACAACUCCUUACUCAGCAUAAUGCUGGACGAUGAAAAGCAAACGACGAUGCCACAAAGAGAACGAGUAAUGGGUGAGCAGCCGGGUUCGAAAGCGAUGAAGCCGACCCCUCCGCCCAGCCCUGAAUCGCCUUGGAUGCUGUCUCCUUUACGGACCCCUUCGCCACUUUUGCUUCAUCACUGCAUAGCGUCGCUUCAUCGUGGAGAAGGGAACAUAUACUCGAUCGCUAUUUCGAAUGGCGUGGUGUUUACUGGCUCUGAUAGCUGCCGUGUUCGUGCAUGGAAGCAGCCCGAUUGCAUGGACCGUGGGUACCUCAAGGCUGCUGCUGGCGGCGUCUGGGCCAUUGCUGCCUAUGGAAACAUGUUGUUCACAUCACACAGAGAUUCAAGAAUCAGAGUAUGGAAUUUCACAGCUUCACAUAACCUGACAUCCAAGAAGCUAUGUUCACUCCCAAAAAGAACCUCUUUCCUGUUAUUCUCCAAAACAGAGACAGCCCAUCUCCACAAAGACACCAUAUCCUGCAUGGCUUAUUACCACGCGCAGGACCUCCUCUACACCGCCUCCCACGACAAAACCGUCAAAGCCUGGCGGAUCUCCGACCGAAAAUGCGUUGACUCCUUCCUUGCCCAUGAGGACAAAGUCAACUCCAUAACAGUCAACCAAAAUGAUGGCUGUCUCUUCACCUGUUCCUCUGAUGGAACUGUCAAAAUCUGGCGAUGUCUAUACCGGGAGAACUCCCACACACUCACAAUGACACUAAAGUUCCAAACUUCCCCUGUGAAUGCUGUCGUUCUCAGCUCCCACUCUGACGGCGAGACGUUCCUCUACUCUGGUUCCUCUGAUGGGACAAUCAACUUUUGGGAAAAGGAGAGGGUUUCUUACAGAUAUAACCAUGGUGGGUUCUUGCAAGGGCAUCGAUUUGGGGUGCUGUGUUUGGCGGUGGUGGAGAGGCUGGUGUUGAGUGGGUCGGAGGAUACGACGGUGAGGAUAUGGAGGAAGGAGGAAGGGGGUUGUUACCAUGAGUGCUUGGCGGUGCUUGAUGGGCAUAGAGGGCCGGUCAGGUGCCUGGCUGGGAGCUUGGAAAUGGAGAACAUGGAUAUGAGUUUCUUGGUUUAUAGUGGGAGUUUGGAUCAGUCGUUUAAGGUCUGGAGAGUGAAGGUAAUGUUGGCUGAAGAAGAGAACAAUGGUGGGGAUUUGAAGAUGAACAAGCUUUAUGAGAUGAGUCCUGUCCUGUCUCCUUCUUGGGUUGAGAAGAAGCUUCAAGCUUCUAACUAUUAGAACAAUAUAAUCCUUCAUUUCAGUAGAUGAAAAAUGGUAAUUGAAAGGCCCCAAUUCAUUGUUUGUCAAGAACUUGAAACUACA